UGGCGCUGCUGCAUAUAUCCAAGAUGGGUGUUUAUACAAUUGAAGACCAUCAAAUGGAUCAGUAUUACAUUGGAAAGACACCACAAAUCCAAUGGAAUUCCGCUAAAAUACCUAAGCAUGCUAGUUUCGAAAUGGAUGCUCCAAAUGCUGGGAAGACUAUCGACAAAAAAACGAUUGAUGUUGGACAUAAACGAAGGCUUUUGAAAAAUUUCUUUCUUGUAGUUGUUGCAGCUGCCCUUGUCAUUAUUCCCAAUAAUUCACUAAUGGGACUACAAAGCAGUCUCAACAGUGAGGGUGGACUUGGAGUGGCAACCGUCAGUUGUCAAUGGGCCUCAAACGCCAUCUGUAGUCUACUCAUAGCGCCGUCUAUCGUCAAUAUACUCGGUCAAAAAAGGGCACUCUUCGGAGCCUGGAGUCUUUUCUGUCUAUUCAUUGUAGCCAAUGCUUUUCCCAGUUGGUAUACUUUAAUGCCUGCUAGUUUUCUAAUGGGAUUGGGGUUCAGUAUCCAUAUGGUUGGUCUUCCCACUUUUGUCACUCCACUAGCUAAAGAGUACGCUGAAGUUGUAGGAGAUCAAAACCCACAAGCAAUGGCGGAUUCCUUCAAUGGUAUAUCUUUUGCUAUAAUCAACAGUGGCAGAAUCUGGGGAGAGAUGAUAUCGUCUGCAAUACUCCUGGUGGAAGAUAAUGACCAAAUGAAUACUUCAGAAAACCAAACUGUGAUCUCAAGAAGAACAUGUGGCGCAGACUUUUGUCCCAAUUCAAAUGAGAAUGUAACAAAGGCAGACAGACCAUCAGAUGAAAAUAUAUACAUUCUCAUGGGAACUUUUUUCGGUAUGGUCAUGAUUGCUUUGAUAUUGUUAAUGUGUAUGGACGAAACCAGAAAUAGAACCAAUAUUACAGCGAAGGAUGUUAAGGAUAGGGUUGUCAAAGUGCUUCGGCUACAAACAUCUCCCAAAAUGAUACCUCUCAUACUGAUAUUCUUCUAUGCAGGAUUUCGAAACUCUCUAAUGUGGGGCGACUUCAACCAAGCAUAUGUUAGUUGCGAGCUUGGAAUUGGCUACGUUGGGCUAACAAUGGUCUGCAUGGGGAUCACAAAUACGAUAUCAGCUUACCUUUUCGGGGUACUUCAGCGGUGGGUUCACCGAUCUGUUUUUGUGGCCUUGGCAUCCAUAUUCAAUCUGGCUGCUAUGGUAACGAUGUUGCUUUGGACACCAUCAACUGAUGAAUUAUGGCUGUUCUUUACACUUCCUGCGAUCUAUGGUGUAGCUUUGGCUGUAUGGCAGACCCAGCAAGUCUCUCUAAUCGGAACUAUCUUCCCAGACAACUUAGAUAUUGGCUUCGUCAGUAGAAAUAUUUGGAACGCAAUUGGAAUGUCUUCAGCUUUCGCCAUCAACGGGUUCCUCUGCGUCAAAACUAAGGCUUACAUCACAAUAGGAGUGCUUUGUGCAUCUGCCAUCAGCUAUAUCAUCCUUGAACUAUUGAUGACUUUCAAAUGGAAGAUUGAAGCUAAAAAAUAAGGAUAUUCUUUAUUAUGUGUGAUGGUUUUCAGAGGGUUAUAUUAAAAAAGCGUACACCCCCUCUAAAGGUACUAGUAUGCUGUACAUGCGUUAUUUUGAUAUCAUGUUUCUUAUUGUCUAUAUUCGGGAAAUGAUUUAUUGUAAUACAUGAAC